UUUACUCUCCCCACUCUUUCUUUGCUUUUUAUUACCCAUUUCCUUUGUUCCGCACAUGCAUUCCUCUCUUUCUCUCUCUCUCCUCUCAACGCACAAACAAAAACCCACUGCUCCAACUAACAUCACCUCUUCCUCCUCCAUAUUUUCUCUCUCCUCUUCAUACCUUCAAAACUGUCCUUCAUUUGUCGCCUUUCUUUCAUCCUCAUCGUUUUCUCUCUCCUAUUCAUAAGCUUUGAUCGUCAGAAAAAAGAAAAAAAAAAUCGCUGAAUUAAGCGUCAGAGAAAAAGUUUUAUCCGCAACAUCGUCGUAAUCCUAUUGGUUGAUUGAUCGAUAAGAGAGAGAAAAAAAAAACAAAAAAAAAAAUGGAAUCAUCACCUUCUGUAGUAGUAAAUCCAGUAACAAGUGGUUCAAACAGAGCAAGAGAAUCAAGGCGUCGAAAAAAGAAGAUGAAAACUCAACAACAUCAACAAUCAUCAUCAUCACAAUCUCUCUCUUCCAUUAACGAAACUCAAAAAUUCUCAUGGAAAUCAGAAAAAACUCAACAAAUUUACUCCUCAAAUCUUCUUCAAGCUCUUCAACAAGUUCGUAUCUCUCCUUCAUCACCAUCACCAUCACCAGCUGCGCCGCGUCCAAGCCGAGCCGUAAGAGAAGCCGCCGACAAAGCCUUAGCUGUGGCGGCGCGUGGUAGAACUCGUUGGAGCCGAGCUAUUCUAAUGAGCCGAUUUCGACUUCAAUACUUACACAAGAAGCUUCACAAACGCCAACGUGUCAGUGCUACCGGCGUUAACCGGUCACCGCCGCAGCGAAAGCCGAUUUUGAAGUUGAAGAGUAAAGGUAAUAGUUUACCGGCUGUUCAAAGGAAAGUCAAGACUCUUGGCCGGUUAGUUCCCGGUUGCCGUAAGGAAGGUCUUCCGGUGAUUCUAGAAGAAGCUACUGAUUAUAUUCCUGCACUUGAGAUGCAAAUUCGUGCGAUGAGAGGAAUUCUCUCUCUUCUUAGCACUGGUGAGGGGUCCAGUGCGGGGCCCACUGUGCCGGAAAAUGGUUCGAUUUAAUAAAUUGAUUAUUGUUAUUGUUAUUAUUGUUAUGCUGUUACUUAUUGUUAUGUAUAAAAAAAAAACUUUCAUUUCAUGUAGAUUUAGUGGAUGCUAUUGUUAAAAAAAAAAAAGAAGAAAAAAAAACAGGAAAAAGUUUCGAAUUCUCCACUUAUGUGAAAUUGGAAAUUACAUAUACUUGUGUUUGUUUUUGUCCAUUUUGUUUUUGAGGUGGGAAGUAUUUAAUGGUAAAUAAUCUAACAUCAUAUUUUCAGAGAUUAGAUUAUUAUAGUGGAGUAUGAAAAACCUCUAACAAGUAGAUAGGUAAUAGGUCCGAUACGAGUUUUUGUGUAAUAAAUAUUGUUUGUGUAUAUAAAAAUAUAUUUUGUGUUUUUUU